AUGGCUCCUACCUCGUUCAAGCUCAACACAGGCGCAGAGAUCCCCGCCGUCGGUUUCGGUAUGCUGCCCCGCACUCCCACCAUCGUGACUUUCACCCCACCUUGCACCUGGCAGGCACCUCCCGGACAGGUCGCCAAGGCAGUUGAGAUCGCUCUCAAGUCCGGAUACAAGCUUAUCGACGCGGCGUACUGCUAUGCGAACGAAGACGAAGUCGGCCAGGGUUUGAAGGCGGCCUUCGAUUCGGGCAUCAAGCGAGAAGACAUUUUCGUUGUCACCAAGCUCUGGAACACAUACUCGACCCGAGCCGAGGUUGGCCUUAGCAAGUCAUUGAAGUCCCUCGGUCUUGACUAUGUCGACCUCUUCCUAGUCCACUGGGCCGUUGGAAUGAACCCCAACGGUACAAGACCCGACGGUGGCGAUGCGGACCGGUUCCCCCUCCUUUCCAACGGCGAGCGUGAUAUCCUCUGGGACCACGACCACGUACAGACGUGGAAGGAUAUGGAGGCUUUGGUGAAGACCGGAAAGACAAAGGCAAUUGGUGUAUGCAACUACAGCAAGGUCUACAUCGAGAACCUGCUGAAGCACGCCUCCAUCGUGCCCGCAGUGAACCAGAUUGAGAACUCGCCAGCGCUCCCCCAGCAGGAGGUCGUCGAUGUCUGCAAGGCAAACGAUAUUCACAUCAUGGCCUACAGCCCGCUGGGCAGCACAGGCGGCCCCUUGAUGAAGAGUAAGCCGGUCAUUGAGCUGGCCGAGAAGAAGGGCGUUAGCGCUGGAACCAUCCUUCUGAGCUAUCACGUCGCAAGAGGCAGCACAGUGCUGGCUAAGUCGGUUACCGAGUCGCGCAUUAAGGAGAACUUGAAGAUUGUCGACCUGACUGCCGAUGACCUGAAGGUAUUGAGCACAGUCCCCGAGGUACUUACCAAGGAGGGUGCACCAUUGAGAUACGUCUACCCGCCAUUCGGUAUCAAUUUCGGAUUCCCAGACAAGCAGGAGGGAAAGACGCUGAAGAACGGUGCUUGA